UAAGGUAUUGGCUUGGAAUGUUUUCCUACUUGAUGAAUGCUCAUGCCUAUAAAGCUUUCUCCUUUCUUGUAUUACAUUAUAGAAGCAAGGCCUGAAAGUUUGGGAAACGUUAGAUUGCUUUUUAGGGCCACGAACGAGGUUGAGAAAGAAAUAUAUUGCUACGUGAAAGAUGGGAAACUUAUUGAGAUCGCUGUCUUAUUGACUGUAGCUCGAGAAGAAGUUACAUCACCGUCUCUUUUCACAAGCUUAUGUUAUCCUGCUUUGAAUGGGAGUAUGUCCCUUCGGCAAUUGGUCUUAUCAGAGAUUGUAUCACUAAUGGCUUCACAAAUAACAUUAGUUUCUGCUAGUAAAGAGGUGCAUGAUGAGCUGAGCAAUAAGCUGGAAACAAUGAUGUCCAUGUUACGAAUGAUUGAAGUUUUUGAAAGGGUUGGUGAUAAAAUCGAGCUAUAUCGUCGAUACCUACCUAAUUUGAGCGAGAAAGGAUUGGCUGCACAAAUUGCAUGCUUGUUUAUCAGUGAAGGAUUUGCCGAAUAUAAAGACUUUGAAUUGAAAAGACCAGUUUCAUGUGUGAACAUGACAGAAUUCCAUAAGGACUUUUUGGAAUUAUUAGAAAGGAAAUUACCCUGUGAAAGUGAAGGCACUCAGUUGGAGGGUGGGACUAAAAAGAUUUACAAACAUGAUGUGGAUGCCAUGUGGAUUCCUCGGUUGUCCAACCACCACCGACUUUGGAGGCCAUCCCAAUACCCAAUAAUGAGGAUGAUGCUAAGGGUUCUUUUCCACUCAAAGUAUCUCUUGAAAAACUGUGUUAUCAUCCUUAUGAAAGAUUGGACUCCCAAAAAAUCCAUCUUCAAGCUAGUUUGUAUAUUAUGCCUACCACAGCUGAAAGUAUCCUUGGAGAGUAUCAGGUUGGUUGCAUGCAAAACUGAGGAGAUCGAGGCCAUUGUUGCAAUUUGGCGAGGCAGGGAAGCUCAUCGAACUGGCUUCACUGCUAAUGGUGGCUCCAGAGAAGUUGAUCGUAACCACCUCUCUGGGAAGCAAUGAUUUACAUUCAAAUGUCAUUCGACGACGCAUAAUGAGUGAUCUCCAGGCAUCACUUGAUGCGGAGGUCAGAUUAAUGGGUAGAAACAACAGUCAAAAGUUAGCUGAGAAAUGUAAGGAUGAGAAGGAAAUUAAGUUGUCUGUACUCCUACUGCUGGAAGUGCUUGAGAGGGCUGGCAACUCUAUUAACCAAUAUCUUCAAUCAGACACAUAUAAUGACGAUACCAGAUUGAGAUUACAAAUUGUUAGUGAAAUUCAGAACCUGCUUAAAAAAGCAGGUUUUGCUUUGAAGCCCAAUGACACAGAUUUGAAUGAUAUAAAAUGUUUCUCACCCACAUUGGAUCCAGUUGAUCGCACUAGUUGCCAUUGGCAUUGAGCCUCGUGAGUUUUCUGUUGCAGA